AUGGUCGCCAUCGCCACCGGACUGUGGUGGGACUAUUCCCGACCGGCCGUCCAGGCCGCGACGUUGACCUUGCCUUCAGACCUGGGCAACGUCCUUCUCUCAGGCCUCACCGUGCUAGUGACGGUAGCCGGCGUAAGCUUCUGGAACAUCGCGGCCUUUGUUCUGCAUAGUCUGCGCGUGCUGCCGGGUAGCGGGCCUGUCAGCGUUUUGUCUUUGCAGCAUCGGGUCAUCCUGCGAAACUCGCCCGGCGCCAUCGGGACGGCGUGGGAGGCGGUCAAGAUCUACCUGGCGUGGUACAGCACACGACCGCCCCGACUGUUUAUGCGGACAAUCGCGAUAGUGGUUCCGGCGCUGAUCAUCUCGGCCGGCUUCGCAAUAGCGGCGGUGUUUGUGUCGCACGUGGCAAGCAGGGCGAAUGGGUUCGUCAUCGCGAGGGCGCAACCUGAGAACUGUGGGUUUUGGUGGUUCGACCGCAAUAACAUUGAUGGCGUGACAGCGGGAAGGAUCAAACAAGCAAACGAUACCCUCUUAGCUCGGACCUAUGUCGCCAACUUCUACGCCAACACAACGACCUCGUCAACGGCAAGGUCGAUAUUCGUCCAGCCUGCGCUGCCGUACACCACCAACCCCUCUGCCCCGUGCCCCAUCCCGGCAUCGGAACGGUGUAUCCUGGGCCCCAAUGCAGCGUUUGGCAUGAAAACGGCUAUUCUCGACAGUCAGGAAAGUCUGGGAAUCAACGCCCGGGCCGAGGAUCGCGUCGGCGUGGAGAUCAGCGUGACGUGCUCUCAGGUGAGCACUAGGGGCCUUCGCUGGAACAACGACACGCACUUCGCCUUUACCUUUGGGGGGUAUUUUGCAGAAGACGCGGCGGAUAAUGUCACCUACCUCUACUACCUCGGGACAGAGCUCUCGAAGGUAGCACGAUCCAUGCCGCUGAUUCGGAAGACUUUCAGUCCUCGGGCCGCGUUCGUCCGAGACUCGCGCGCCUGGGUUCCCAUUCCUGAGUUCAACCGGACAGAUGCCGACGUGAGCGUGUUCUUCCUCAGCCAAAACGACAUAUCAUACCUGUCCCCCGUGCAGGACCGCUUCUUCUUGGCAAACGGCACGGUGAAGUACACCGACCAGGGCGGGCGGACGUUUUUUCGGGCCAACUCUUACGUCAACACCAUGGUCUGCGCCGAGCAGUACGCCGUGUGUAAUCCCUCGACGUCGUCGUGCACCGCUCCAGGCGGCUGGCAGCAUCUGUACGACGCCAUCCUGACCGAGAAUCCACUGGGCUUCAACACGGGGCAGAUCGGCACGGCCGGACGCGUCCUCCUGGCGCUGGUCGACGCCAACAUGUACAGCAGCGUCGCUGCCCUCGGCGCCGGCGCUUUGUGGGCCAACAACCUCGCCAGUGGGAAUAUCUCUCCCGGACUGCCAGACAACCAGUGGCAGACCGAGGUACUGGGCUGGUUUCAGACGAGCCUCGCCAAGCUCCAGGCCUACAUGGUUGAGUAUGCAUCGAGCACGGCGGGCCUGGGCCCCUUUGGGGCCACCGAAGAAUCGCCGUACGGCUACCGGUCAAGGGUCAAUGCGACUACCAAGGAGCUGUGGGAUCAGUGCGAGAACCAAUUGAUACGCACGGCGGGCGAUGUCCAGAACUUCAACUUUGCUGGCGUUGUGAUCAUUGCGUGCGUCAGCGUUUCUCUGAUGCUUUUGGACUGCGCGUUGGGGACGAUCCUGAAUCUCGCGGUGCGGUACUUGGGGUUCGGGCCGGCUGCCGAGAUGGCGCGGCAGUGGGAUGCCAAUCUCAACCUUCUACGGAUGGCGCUGGAAAGUCCAGGUGCGGACGAUGGGGUGAGCGGGUGGAAGCCAGGGAGGUGGGGUAUCCCGGUGCUGGACAGAUCAUAG